CCUCUUUGGAGGUCACUCACGACACUGCUGUUUGGUCUGUGGGGACGUGUACCCAUCAUAAUGUCCCUUGUUCUGCUGUUGCCCCUGUUGACGGGGCUGGUCGGGGCUGACUUCCCCUUCCGGAACACAUCGCUCACGUGGCAGGAGCGGGUGGAGGACCUCGUCGGGCGUCUGACCGUCGAUGAAAUACAGACUCAAAUGGGGCGAGGAGGGUGGGGGCCUCAGGCAGGCCCUGCCCCAGGUAUACCCAAGCUGGGGAUAAAUCCUUAUUCCUGGAACACGGAGUGUCUGAGGGGGGACGCGAGGAGCGGGUCGGCAACAUCCUUCCCCCAGUCUAUAGGUCUAGCGGCUUCAUGGAGCACUGACAUUCUGUUCCGAAUGGCCGAGGCUACGGGGGUGGAGGUCCGCGGUAAAUACAACGACUACGCCAAGAACCACGUCUACGGCGACCACAAGGGACUCAGCUGCUUCAGCCCCGUCAUCAACAUCAUGCGGGACCCCAGGUGGGGCAGGAACCAGGAAACAUAUGGAGAGGAUCCCUACCUCAGUGGUCAGUACGCGGCCAAUUACGUGAAAGGACUUCAGGGUAAUGACUCCCGCUACCUCAGGGCUAACGCCGGCUGCAAACACUUUGACGCCCACGGCGGCCCCGAGAACAUCCCCGUCAACAGAUUUUCCUUCGACGCCAAGGUUCCUGAGCGAGACUGGCGAUCAACCUUCCUGCCGGCUUUCCGGACGUGUGUCAAGGCUGGGACAAUGAACCUGAUGUGCAGCUACAACCGACUGAACGGAGUCCCCGCCUGUGCCAACAAGCACCUGCUUACCGAUGUCCUCAGGAAACAAUGGGGGUUUGAAGGCUACGUCAUCAGCGAUCAGGGAGCUAUAGAACUUAUGAUAACACAGCACAAAUACUUCAACAACUAUGUGGACCUUGCAGCCGGGUCCGUUGAUGCCGGGUGCAACCUUGAACUCUCCAACAAUCUCGUCAAACCAGCGUUCUUCUCCAUAGUGGACGCCGUGAAGCAGGGUAAGCUGAAGGAGGACGUUGUCAGAACACGGGCCAAGGAGCUGUUCUAUGCCCGGAUGAGGCUGGGUGAGUUCGACCCCCCAAGUAUGAACCCGUACAGCAAUCUGGACUCCUCCGUGGUGGAGACUCAGGCCCACCAGGAUCUUGCAGUAGAGGCAGCCAUGAAGACAUUCGUUCUCCUCAAGAACCAAAACAACUUCCUCCCAAUCAAGGCCAACCAGUACAAACAGGCAGCUGUUGUAGGGCCGUUCACCUACCAAGGACGUGGCGUGUUUGGGAGCUACGCCCCCAACACCGAGGACAGGUACAUCUCCACGGUCCUGGAUGGACUGAAGGGCGUGGCUCCCACGGUGAAGUCAGCUGAGGGGUGCACGGACUCCGUAUGUCGUACAUACCAAGCCAACAUGGUCAAGUCAGCUGUGCAGGGCGCAGAGAUUGUCUUUGUGUGUCUUGGUCUAGGUCAAAAGAUGGAGGAUGAGUUCCGUGAUCGUCCUAAUCUGGACAUGCCGAGUGGACAGGUGACCCUUCUUCAAGACGUCUUAAGUAACACCAAGAACGACGUUCCCGUGGUGUUGCUGAUGUUUAAUGCCGGCCCGGUCAACAUCGUCCAGCAAGAAGCUGACCCCCGCAUCUCGGCCAUAAUGGCGCUGUUCUACCCGGCACAAGCCACGGGUACGGCACUUCUCAAGACCCUCACCAACGACGGGCCGUUCUCUGUCCCAGCCGGCCGUCUACCCUAUACCUGGUACCGGAACACCAACGGAUUCCCGUCAAUGACUGACUACUCCAUGACAAACCGCACCUACCGCUACUCCGACGUCGACCCUCUCUACCCCUUCGGCUACGGCCUCUCCUACACCACCUUCCAGUACAGCAACUUUCAGCUCGGUAGCAACACCAUCCAAGCCGGCGACGACGUGUCGGUACAAGCCCGCGUGACCAACACCGGCGGACUUGAUGCGGACGAGGUCGUGCAGCUGUACAUCAGCUGGGAGAGUCCCACAGUCACUGUCCCAAGGUUGCAGCUGGUCGGAUUCCUCAGAACGUCUGUCCCAGCUAAAGGUCAAGUGAACGUGAACAUGACGAUAUCUCACGAGAACUUGGCUGUAUGGGCAGACGACACAACCGGCUGGGCUGUACAACCGGGGAAAGUGCGAGUGUACCUGGGUGGCCAGCAGCCCAACCAGAAGACGUCCGUCGGGUCCAACACCCUCAGUGGAGAGCUGACUAUCACUGGAACAAAGACACUAGGAGUGUACUGAACACUAGAGACCGUGUUAAAUAUAUCGGCCAUCAUGAUGAGUUAAUACAUGCUUUAAUGUCUAACCAAGCGAAAUAAUAAAGACUUACUGGAAUAUGA